UGCAUCCACAAACACUUCAUUCUUCUGGGACCGUUUACCUACUGAGUCAAAAUGCCGGAAAUCUUCGACGACAAGUCCCAACACUGCAUUCCCUUUCUCCUUCAGCGUCUGAAAGCCCACCAGGCGCGGCACAGCAACGACCCCGCCAAUACCCCGCCCUUCUUUCUUGGACUGAACGGCGUCCAGGGCGCCGGGAAGACAGUCCUGGUGUCCACCCUCAAUUCAAUCCUCCGCUCUCCGCCCUACUCCCUCGCCGUGGUAACACUCUCCCUCGACGACCUUUACCUCACACACGAAGACCAAGUAUCCCUCGCAAAAAGCAACCCGACGAACCCGCUUCUCCAGCACCGCGGCCAGCCAGGAACACAUGAUCUCCCGCUUGCGCAAUCCGUCUUUUCAGCUCUACGCGCUGGCCGUCCUACGGCGAUCCCGCAGUACGAUAAGUCCGCGUUUAGCGGGCAAGGUGAUCGUGUCCCUAUGGAACAGUGGGAGACUGUGAAUGUCGAAGGACAAGAGCAGAUCAAGGUUCUUAUCUUCGAGGGGUGGAGUGUGGGAUUCAGAGCUUGGGAUGAUGAUAUCUUGAAACAAAAAUGGGAGGAUGCGGUUAAGAGGAAGGAGCAGGAUAAGGAGUACAGAGGGAGACUGGGACACGUGAAGUUCGAGGAUGUCAGGAAGGUUAAUGAGGCAUUGAGGGGCUACGAUGUUUUGACCGACCAGCUUGAUGCGCUGAUACAUAUCGACGCCCAAGACAACCAUUUCGUCUACGAGUGGCGGCAGGAACAGGAACGGACACUGCGAGCCACAAAAGGUAUCGGAAUGACCGAGGAGCAGGUUAACCGCUUUGUCGACGGCUAUUACCCUUCCUACGAGCUUUACAGCGAGGCUCUCCGCGCAGGAGCAUUCAGACCGAUUCCGUAUUCGACUACGGCAUCUGCGUCGCCGGAGGGCUGGGAGGGGAGACAACUUCGAUUGGUUGUCGAUAAAGGUAGGAAGGUGCAAGAGGUCAUCAAGAUAUAGGGAGAAUGUGGUGUGAGCCUCUGGUAUAUAUCGAGUUUGUGUGUAUAUAUCUAGAAAUAUAUAUAUAUACUCUAAU